AUGUUCUGGGCAGCAAUUAAUGCUGGAGAUCGAGUUGAGAGUGCAUUAAAGGACAUGGCGAUAGUGAUGAAACAACUCGAUCGCUCAGAUGAAGCGAUUGAAGCCAUCAAAUCCUUCCGUGAUCUAUGCCCUCAAGAAUCUCAAGAAUCAAUAGAUAAUAUAUUGAUUGAACUCUAUAAGAAAUCUGGCAGGAUAGAAGAAGAGAUACAACUACUGAAAGACAAGAUUGAGAAGAUUGAGGAACUUUGUUUUGAUGGAAAGAGAACAAAGAUUGCCAGAUCUCAAGGAAAGAAAAUUGAAAUCACCAUUGACAAGGAGUAUUCUAGAUUAUUAGGUAACUUGGGAUGGGCACUUUUGCAGCUGGAAGAUUAUAAAUCGGCUGAGGAAGCUUAUAGAAAAUCGCUUUCCUUUGACCCUGACGAUAACAAGAAGUGCAACUUGGCUAUUUGCUUGAUUCACUUGAACAAGACAUCGGAAGCCAAAUUUCUGCUUCACAGCGUAAGAGCUUCAUCAAAAUAUCAGCAACUAGGGGGAACUCAAGUCAAAUCUUAUGAACGUGCUACUCAGAUACUGGGUGACAUUGAAGUGAAAAGUGAAGUGAAAACUAUGGAAACGCCUAUGUCUCUGAACAAGCCUCAGGACUUUACUCGAAAGGAUGAAGUAUCAAGCACCAAAAAGUCUUACUACACUCAGCCUCUACAUGGAAAGCAUAUCACAAGGUGGUCGCCGGUCAAUGAAGCAAAAUGUUUUGAUUUGCCACUGCCGAGGAGGAGAGCUUUGAAUUUUGAAUGCAGUAAUUCUAAAUCUUGGAAAGAUGACAGUACUUAUCCUUCGGGUGAUAGUGAAGUGAAAAGUGAAGUAAAAACCAUGGAGAGAGAAGAUGGUGCAUAUAUAGAAGUUCAGACGAUUUUCCCUUCGGUUUUAAGAAGUUCACAAGGUUUUCCAACCAGCAGCAGUGGCUCAGUUCUGCAAACCAACAGAACACCGGAUGAAUGUUCAGCACAAAAGAAGAGUUGGGCUGAAAUGGUUGAAGAAGACGACAACCAAAUGAAGCUAUCAAGUUCUACGGAUGAUUUUGCUGAUGAGAAUUACAAUAUAAACAUAACUCCAGAGACACCUAUGUCUCUGAACAAGCCUCAGAACUUGAAUCGAAAGGAUGAACUAUCAAGCAUCAAAAAGGGUUACUACACUCAACCUCUACAUGAUUAUCAGAUCACAAUGUCUUCCCCAGUCAAUAAAGCAAAACGUUUUGACUUGCCACCGCAGAGGAGAGCUUUGGAUUUUGGAUGCAGUACUACCAAAUCUUUGAAAGAGGGCAGUGUUUAUUCUUCUUCAAGUGGUCAUCUGAAGUCCAUGAAGACAAAGAGGUUGCAGGCCUUCCGAGAUAUAACACCCUGA